AUGACGUCUUUGGAUCAGAUUGUCUACGCUCCCGGGGACCAGGAGAUCGAGGUCGAUACCAGUUUCGAUGACGACUCUGCCGUUGGAAGUGUGGAGGAUCGCCUUUCCCAAUAUUCGCAGUCACUAAGCUCGAGUGUCAUCGCCUAUCCGAUUGAGCACGGCCGCCGCUACCACGCGUACAAGGAUGGCUCUUACAUCAUGCCCAAUGAUGAGAAUGAGGCAGAUCGCCUUGACCUGCUGCACCAUAUGCUGAUGAUCUUGUUCGACGGCAAGCGUAUCCACUCUCCGGUCAAGAGGGAAAACCUCAGACGUGUUCUUGAUGCCGGUACUGGGACGGGUAUUUGGGCAAUCGACGUCGGCGAUGAGUAUCCCGAGGCAGAGGUUAUCGGCAACGAUCUCAGCCCCACUCAGCCACAGUGGGUGCCACCGAACGUCAAGUUCGAAGUCGACGACAUCGAAGAGCCCUGGACGUAUGCGGAGCCGUUCGAUCUCAUCUUCUCCAGGUACAUGGACGCCGCCAUCUCCAACUGGCCCGCACUCGUGGCGAACAUGUUCGCCAGCACCAGGCCAGGAGGUUGGGCCGAACUCCAAGGCUUCGACACGCACUACAAAUCCGACGACGGCUCCUUGCCCGUGGACUCGUACAUCCACAAGUUCGUUGGCAUGCUCGAAGAGGGCUGCACGAAGCUGGGCAAGGAAGUCUAUACGGGCCCAACAUUCGCGGGCCUGCUCAAAGAUGCGGGCUUCGUGAACGUCCACGUGCAAAAGUACAAGUUGCCGCUGGGUCCGUGGCCGAAGGAUAAGAAGAUGAAAGAGGUCGGCACGGUGAACCUGAUGCAGGUUCUGGAGGGCAUGGAGGCGUUUUCGUACCGCCUGUUCACGGGGAUCCUGGGCUGGUCGCUCGAGGAGGUGCAGGUGCUUAUCGCAAAGACGACCAAGGAGCUGAAGAGCAUGAAGUACCAUGCGUACGACGAGUUGUAA